AGGAAAAAAAUAGGUCUGUGUGACCCGUCGCUAGGGUUUUGCGGUCCGGGUUUUAGGGCAGUCAUCGCUGCUGAAAGCCAGGGUUUAUCCAUCUCGGCUACGACCGCCCGGAACCACCAUGUGGGCGCUCCGCAGAGCCGCAAACCCUAUGAGGGGUCAUACUCAAUGCAUUGCUAUUUCUGGUACCUACUUUGGUAACUUGGAUGUGCCAAGUAGUAACUUGAGGGAUUGGCAUCAUGAGAAAGACCAUCACAUUUCUGGAUGCUGCAUUCUUCCAAAGUCAUUUUCCCAUGGGCCUUCUAUUUCUGCAAAUUUGUUCAUCAGGAGUCGAAAUCUUUCUUCUCAGGCUGGAGCAAAAUCCAGUGAUCGGGAGAAUGAUCUAGAGGAUGGCUUUUCUGAUCUAGAGAUACCUCCGGAAACUGAUAAAGUGGGGCAAAUUGUGAGCAAAAAGGAUGAUGAAUUAAUAUCUGAGGGAGAAACCUCAGAAGAAGAUCCGGAUGAAGCUGCUGAUAAUUCACUUGGGUUGUCAGAUACUGAAUCAGAUAUAAAUGUUGAAAAGGAAUCAAGGAGGAAGAGAUUUACAUCUCCACUUUUCAAGAUUUUAAUGGAAUCUCCUCGUCAAACUGUUAAUAGUGUGCUUGAUAAAUGGGUUGAAGAAGGUAACCCUUUAGGUCGUGGUGAGAUCUCUAUUGCUAUUCUAAAUCUUCGAAAAUGGCGGUUUUAUGCAAAGGCUCUACAGUUCAUUGAGUGGCUGGAGGCAAAAAAACCUAAUGAACCUGUAGAGCGUGAUUAUGCUUCUCAUCUCGAUUUGGUUGCUAAAGUACAUGGUCUUCAAAGGGCUGAAAAGUACAUUGACAAGAUUCCGGAGUCCUUUAGGGGUGAGGUAAUCUAUAGAACUCUUCUGGCUAAUUGUGUUGCUGCUGUCAAUGUUACGAAAGCAGAGGAAGUGUUCAAUAAAAUUAGGGAUCUUGGUUUCCCCAUUACAACCUUUGCUUGCAAUCAACUGCUGCUUCUCUAUAAAAGGGUAGACCAAAAGAAAAUAGCUGAUGUUCUCUUGAUGAUGGAAAAGGAAAAUGUCAAACCAUCUCUCUUCACGUACAGGCUUUUGAUAGACACCAAAGGUCGUGCCAAUGAUAUAUCAGGUAUGGAACAAAUUAUAGAGACGAUGAAGGGUGAAGGCGUCGAGCCUGAUUUGGUGAUCCAAGCCAUGGUCGCAAAGCACUACAUCUUUGGAGGCCUCAAUGAGAAAGCAGAAGCAGCUCUGAAGGAGAUGGAAGGUGAUGACAUCAUGGAGAACCGUGCUGCUUGCAAGGCUCUUCUUCCUCUAUAUGCUGCUCUUGGCAAAGCAGAUGAUGUGGGGAGGGUUUGGAAGGCAUGUGAGGCUCAUCCUCGUUUGGAGGAGUGUUUAGCCGCCAUAGAGGCUUGGGGCAAGCUUGGGCAGAUAGAAAAUGCGGAGGUAGUCUUCGAGAACAUGUUGAAGACAUGGAAGAAGCUAUCAUCGAAGUAUUACAAUGCUUUGUUAAAGGUUUAUGCAAACCAUAAGCUUCUAGCCAAGGGGAAGGAGUUAGCAAAGAGGAUGUCAGAUUAUGGCUGCAAAAUUGGUCCUUUGACAUGGGAUGCACUUGUGAAGCUCCACGUGGAGGCUGGGGAGGUGGAAAAAGCAGAUUCAAUAUUGCAGAAAGCAGCACAGCAGAAUCAGAUAAAGCCUCUUUACAGUUCAUAUAUAGCUAUCUUGGAUCAGUAUUCAAAGAGGGGAGACAUUCAUAAUGCUGAGAAGAUAUUUCACAGGUUGAGGCAGAUUGGUUAUGUUGGUAGGAUGAGGCAGUACCAAUCAUUGCUCCAGGCCUACAUAAACGCCAAGACUCCAGCAUAUGGAUUCAGGGAGAGGAUGAAAGCUGAUAACAUGUUCCCAAACAAGGCCGUGGCAGCACAACUGGCAGCUGUUGAUGCAUUUAAGAAAAGUCAAAUUUCAGAUUUGCUUGAUUAAAAGAGGUUGUGCCAUGUAUCAAAAUGAUAGAAUUUACUGUUUCAUGCAGGAUUUGAACAUAAACAUGGUUUUCGAAUGGCACACUCUUUUUAUGGGUUUUAUCAGUAUCUGACCUCAUAGCUUCUUAUAUAUGUAUUUGAGGUAGGGAAGUAAAUGGUGCUGUAGGGAAUCUUGAAAUUCUUGUAAUUCUGCUACAAUUUUAUUGGUCAAGCUACUGAUGUCACUUGGACGGUUAUCAAAACUACCGGGUUCUUUAAAAAUUUUGGAAUUAGACGUUGUUCAAAA